AUGGAUAAUUAUAACGAGCUAUUGGUUGAAGAUGCAUUUGACGAUGAGGAUGAUGAUUUCGAAACACCCGAAGAUGUUGGACAGAUCAUGGACCGCAUAGAUUACUCAAAUAUUUGUAAAAUUUAUUUGGAUUACAAUGAGAGAUCAUUAGAAAGAAAAGAAAGUCAUGAGUUGAAUAUGAUCUCAGUUAUCGGCACUGAGGCAUUCCAACAUGCUGACAAACUUCGGGUCAAAAAUGUGAUCUUUCCAUGGGACGAAUGUCGUUUUUUCUCGAAUUUUAAUGAUGCGGUUGUAUGCUUCCAUGGCGAACUUCAUGACCAUUAUUUGAUGGAUUUGAUAAGAGAUCUUCUCAAAAAUCAUGAACUGGCAAAACUUCAAAUCAACUGUCCAUCUCGUACCUCUUUCGAUCAAAAUGUAAUCGAUAGACUGAGAAGCAAAUAUGAGACGGAUUUGAAUAACUGGGCCUAUUUUUCUUACGAACGUUCUGGAAAAUUGGGAAUGAAUCUUGGUUAUAAAAUGAUUGUUUUCCGUGGACCAAGAUAUAGGGGAGAAAAAAAUGGAGUGCAUGAAUACUAUGAUGAUAUGGACGUCGAGGAAGAGAUAGAAGGCAUUGUGAAAAAUUCUGAAAAACUUCCUGAUGAUAUUGAUAUGAUACUCGCUGAUUUGUACAUUGAGGAACAAUUUCCCGAAUUGUUUUUGAAGCAAAAUUCCUAUAUUGGAAUUCAAUGA